CCCACCCCCACCUCCACCAGCGCCGGUGGCCUCAGUAGUGAGGGAGGGGUGGAGGAGUCACCACUGUACCGUAGAGACUGUUGCUAGGGUCCGGCCAGACACCACUCGCCACCCCGGCCACUGUCAACAGGGCGGACAGCUGGGACCUCCUCAGUCCUCCCACGGCUGCCUCACCAACAAUCUAAGCGCCAUACACGAGGUUGAUAGGAGGAGGAACCAGGCAGAGCUGGAGACAUGUCUGCCACGGUGAAGGUGCUCAACCUGGUGGAGGCGUGUGGCGUGGGGACUGGCGGGCCCUCACCCGCCCUGGUGGAGGCGUGUGGCGUGGAGACAAGCGGGCCCUCACCCGCCCUGGAAGUCUCCCAGCUGCUGCAGGCGGCUAUGCUCAGGCUCACCAACACCUUCCUGGAUGACGUGAAAGGCACUGUUGAUUAUGUGGCACUCAGGCACUCGCAGGAGUACAGGGAGUACCGGACCCUGGCCACCAGACUGCAGGAGGUGGAUGUCUCUACUCUGGACGACAGCGAGAAGAAAGCCUUCUUCAUCAACGUGUACAACGCCCUGACGAUGGAGAGUGUGAGUCAGCUGGAGGAGCUGCCGGCCUCCACCCUGGAGGUGGACCACUUCUGGACCUCCUCCGCCUACCUCAUCGGUCCCCACUCCUUCACCCUCGACCAGAUUGAGCACGGCAUACUUAGAGGGAACAAGAGUCACCCAAGCACUGGGUCGCCAGUGUUGCCAGCUGGUGACCCUCGCCUCCAGUACAGCGUCCGUCACCUCGACCCAAGAGUUCACUUCGCUCUCAACUGCGGCGCCAAGACGUGUCCCGUGGUGCGUGUGUACAGCGGCAAGAACCUGGAGCAGGCGCUGGAGGCGGCCACCAGGUCCUACCUGUCCCAGGAGGUGAGGGUGAAGGAGGGAGUGCUGUGGCUGCCUCAGGUGCUCCAGUGGUAUCAACAAGACUUCUCCCACCACCAACAUGGCCUCCUAAGGUGGAUCCAGGGGUACGUGGAGGACGCCGAGCGAGCUGCCAUCAGUGCUCUCCUGACGGCGGAACACGGAACACCGCCCUCCGUCCAGUACUUCUACGACUGGUCCCUCAACACCGCCUGAACACCGGUCAUUACAGCCGCUCAGGUGUUCAUUCUCUUGCUCAGUGUUAGAUUGGUUAAGAAAACAUUAUUCUCCGAGAACGACAGUACAAUUAUCGACUGUUGUUUGAAUAUACAAUAUAUGUACUUUUGAACCGAUAUAAAGUCCACAUUUUGUACUGUUGGUAUACUAAUGCAUAUUACAACUUCAACAGCUUAAUCAAUCCUAUCCUAGGCCUAAUUAAACAGUUUUAGGCCUAAUAAAAUCUUAGGUAUAUGCCUUCGUAUAAAUUUAAUUCAUUAUUGAGAGCAAUCAAUUAUUAUUGAUUCAUUAUUGAGGCUACUACUAUAGCCUCACAAUUCAUUAUUGUGAGGCUACAGUAGUAGCCUCACAAGCUGGUCACGUAGAGUCAUCGUCGGAGCCACAGCUGGUCUCAGAGGGGAAGAGAGGAGAGUCAUGCAGCAACCAACACUAACAGACGUAGAAGCUAGUCUGUCCAGGAUAACUUCUCCUGACACCAUUAACAGUAAAGGUUGUACUUGCUCACUGCCUGAUGGAGUCAGCGUUUAUCUCCUGUGGAUUCCUUCGCAUAUUGGUCUCCGAGUGCAUGAUAGAACUCAUGAGUUAGUCUGAACAUUUGCUCGUAGAGGAAAUUGAUUACCACCUUGGAUUGCCUUUGAUCAGCUCGAGGGGCAGCAAUAUUCAGGGAAUAGCAACAAAAUUUAAUAGACGAAACAAAGUGAAAUUCACACCAAUUUCUUUUUAGUCAUUCUAAUGUGCAGAUCAAACCGCACGUCUAUGGGUCAUCCAAUAAGGUUAGCAGACUUCUAGAUGUUACCACUGCUAGGCUUAGGCUCGGCUACAAGUACCUCUGGGAGUUUGCAACAUCUGCUGAUGUAGUUUUCACUAAAAGUAAACUGUCAGCAGAACUAAUCACAUAUUUUGCGUCAUUAUAUAACUGAAUGCGAAAAAAUAGCGGAAUUCAGAAAUAAUUCCAUCAAUGGUGUUCAGGAAAUAUAUAAUUACUUCUUUCAUAAUGAUGUACUGCCAUAAAUAUUAGACAAGUAUCGAAAGUUUGCUUACUGUAGUUUCAGCCUGCACAUGACUGUAAAGUUGCCUCCCAGUUGGGUGGGUGUAGAGUCAUUAGUGACUAUAACUGACUCACCUCAGAUGUAAACUGCCAUGUAUUAGGACUGUUAUAGGCUUCUUCUUGAAUCACUUGUGAUAUAAAAUGACUAUAGAUGUAUGUCCAUAUAUUUGUGUAGACGAAAAAGAAAAUUGUGUAACUAGCUUCACAAAAUUGUCACACUUAGCUAAAUGAACUCUGAGGUUCAGUUUCUGAACCCAUUAUGUGUCUCCAUAACCCUUUCCACCACCGCCCACUGGAUGAGUAUGGGGUGCAUAAUAAAUCACUCAGAAAUUUGU